UUGAACCUUUGACCUUACGUACACUUACUUUGUGUUGGAGCGGCAGUUUCGCUUGUUUAGCAACAGUGUGUAUCACAAUGGAUCGUUUUGUAUUUCAUACAUGUCCACGCAGUUAAAAACAGCAAAGAAGAGAGGUGGUGGCCCAAGUAAGACUUACAUGAGGGAGAUUUAUGAGGGUCAGUCACUGACCGGGACCAAGAAAAGUCUGAGGACGGGGACCCGGAUUUUCUGUUAAGGAAUCAGGCAUUGCCAAAGACACUAUCAAUCAUCCCUGUGAAUAUCCGAGUUCCUCAAAAAUACCCAUGCAUUCCCGGUCAACCAUAACAGUGGACUGUUUUAUUAUGAAGACUUCAAUUGGUGUUCAAGGUGAGUGAGGUGGGAUGGCGCUGUGCCCUGAAGCCUGUGUCCCUAGCUCAGGAGGGGAAUCCUACGAGAAUGAGGCAGGUUCAAGCUGUCUUCAAUUUGGGGUGCGUUCCUAUCUGCACCACUUCUACGAGGAGUGCUCAUCAUCUGUAUGGGAGAGAGACCAGGAUGCUCAAGGGUUCGUCCAGAGCCAGAGGUCAACCUUAUGGUCGAACUCAGCCGUCUGGAAGGUGUCCUUGGCCUUUGGUCUACUGAUCCUGACUGCAGGAAUUGCCAGCCUAUCAGUCGGUUACUCCACUCCCCACAAAAUUGAAUCAUUCGGAGAGGGAGACCUGUUCUUUGUGGACACCCAAGCCGUCAGCUUCAACAGGGGGUUGCACGUCAGCUCUGCAGCUGGGAUCUGGCUUACCUGUUUUGGCUCAGCCCUGGCAGCCAUGGGGGUUGUCGUUUGGAUCCUCCCAAGGGCCAACUUUAAAGAGAGGAUGUUCUACAGACAGAGGCCGGGGGAAAAGACAGAAGAGUCUGGGUCAAACUGGAGGGGAUUUAGGUUUCCUGGUGAUGUAGUCACAAAGCUACCAGGUACAGAGGAGAGUAAAAUACCUGUGACACUGUCAACAGUGGAAAAUGUUCAGCCCACUCCUUUAAAGUGAUCUAUAUAUAUCUACAUGGUACACAGGCUCUUGUUUAAGUCAUUGGACCUCAUUUAGUGGUUAACUGACUAUUUUAGCAUGUCAAUUUGUCAAAUGGAGGUUGUUUGAUGAUAUUAUCACAUUUAGACCAAAAGCACAGAGAAAAAAACUAUACGUUUUGAAAGAGUCAUGUGUAAGCCAUUUUACAGAACCAACCCUUAAGGUAGUGAAGGUAGAGAGAGUCAUAAAAGGAAACAAUCCUAGUUACCUCUGUGGUACAGUCAAAGUCAAAUUUGAAGUAUCUCCUCUGUUUGAGGAAAAGCUGCUUUACAAAAAAGUAGUUAUUUUACAACAAUCUGUCUGAACAUAUUGUCCGGCACAAGACUGAGCUACACUGAGGAGCUAAUGCACUUUUAUAGUGCAUUACAGAGAACAUUAAUAGAAUUACAAGUGGUAAUCCAGUUCAUUAGCAAUUAGCAAUUAGUGCAACAGCUUCAGUAGUUAACCUGCUAGUCUUCCAGGCAGUAUUUCACCUAGCAUCUGGCUCCACCUCUUUCACAAGCAUAAGCUAAUGUUGCUUUUUUCUAUUCCUACACAGCCUGUUGGAGACAUGAACGUUAGGUCAGUAUUCUAUAUUAAAGCGACAAAGGUUUAAUAAUAAGUCGUGCUGGUAUUGAGCUAGCAGCUGAGAUAUUGAUUAGGCUGAAGGUCUGUGUCAGCAGGGGAGUUGAUUGGACAGCGCUGAGUGUGUGUCAGUGUGUGGCUCUGGAGCUACAGGUCAUACCUCUGUUCUAAGAUGGCAUGAUGUUAAAAUGACACAAAGGGAUAUCAGAAUUAUUUGGUUUGCACAAACAACGUGAAACACAUGAACAAGAGCUUUAGACUGCAUUCAAGAGUAGGGAGCACAACCUCUUCUCAGUGUACUUUAUUUCCAAGAAAUCAAAAUGAAUAUGUUUGUAUGAGGCCCCAAGACUUUUACCAGAGACCUUGUACUACAGAAGAGGGAUGUAUUUUUUGGUCAUAGACUGUUUGUGAGGUGCACUAGUGUUGUAUUUAGAAAAAUACAUUGUGAAAUGUAUUCUUCAACACUGAAGGAGAGCAGACUUUUGAAGGCUAAUUGUAGAUGAUUUGAUAUUUUAAAUUCCCUCUUGAUAGUUAUUUUAUUCUAUUUUUUCUCAGUUCUGUCUGCUCAUUUUUAAAGUAGUGGACUUAAUAGUUGUGUACUUUGUUUAAAUAUUGGAGUACUUUCUUUGUUUCAAAAUCAACAAGGCAGUGGUGAUGCAUGAUUCACACAGAAAAUCUAUUUCUUAUUUGUGAAAGGACAUUCAAGACGGUGUUUGCUUUCAAAGAAUCAUUGACUGUUCUUUAUGCUCACAUAUUUCCACCAGAGCACAGCCUGUUUAGUUGAACACAUGUUCAACAACACACCCACACAUGUGCUCAAAUCUGUGCUCCAAUGACAAUAUCACCUAUUUUCCCCCACUAUAAUCUGGCUCCAUAAUUGCCUACAAUCUGUGUCUCCAGGCAACAGUUGGGCUUCAAGUGCUUUAUUUUCAACUCAGAACAAAGACUCUUUCCUGAUUGGCUGAGCGUUUCUCUUCUCUUUAUUUUCACACCAAUCACAUUCGUGUUUACGACAAAUACAGUAGAUGAAGGUGAGUGAGAGGAAUUUGCACUGGCACCUCACAAUCCAGUUGUCUGAUCAGGUCCUCCAGUUUAGUCAAAUUAUUUCAACAUGAGUAUAAGACCUUGAAAAAUGGUAGAAAUAGAGUAAUGAUGAUGUCCUGGUUGGUUAACUGCACUGUUUGUAUUUGAUGGUGAUGUUUCAGUGUAUAAUUGUUUUAUUGGCUUUGAUGAAUACUAAAGGAGAUGAGAAAUAAAUGUCACUGGGGCAACAUAAAUAACAAAAAUAAACUUGUGAUCUGCAUAACCUA